CCUCUAGCCGGUUCUAGCCUUCUGAAUCAGUCAAGAACACAACAAAACAUCUCGAUAGCAACCAUGCAGCUGUGCUACGGACCAAUGGCGUGCCUCGCUCUCUUCCUCUUGUUAACGGCCACUGGCACUGGUAAGUAGUCUACUCCUGUAGUGAAUUGUGGGGGUAUAGCCCUUGCAGGACUUGAACCAACAACAUUGCAUCUGUUCAUCCAACAAAUAAUAUAUUAUGCCAAGAGAUCUCAAACCCUUGGAAAAUGUAUGGGUGUAGCCCUAAUAUGUAUGUGUGUUAUUAACUCUGUAAAUGAGAUAUUACAAAUAUGCUGUACAGGGGAAGUUAAGACUGGGGUGGUGGUUGUGGGUUAAAAAUGUUGAAUAUGCUUCUUUAACUCUUCAGAAGCAGACAAGGUGCACAACUGUUGCACAGAGGUCUCCAGGCAGAAGAUCAAUGUUCCUAUCAUCGGAGCCAGACUACAGAAAAAGAAUCCUCCCUGUGUCAAGGCUGUCAUGUAAGAACCUCCCAUCCCUACUAGCACAGAACAUAGAACGUCACAAAUGAAAUGUUUAGGCCUACUUUGACCAUCUGCAUCCAGAUGAAUGAGUAAGGACGAGAUUAGGACAGUUGUCUAAAUGUUGUCAUCUUGGGUUCCACACAGAUUCGAGACUGAAGAUGGAGAGAUUUGCAGCCACUGGAAAGAGGCCUGGGUUCGACACACAUUCAUUCAGCUGGAGUAAGUCAUCAAUUCAUAUACAUCGUGUAAUACUCACUGUAGGCUAACUCAGUUAUACUCUCCAGUUACAUGGCUGGCUAGAGUAAGUGACCUGCACAAGGACCUGUACAAGGGCCAGAGGAGAAGACAGAAUGUAAAAGACAGACAUGGUUGAAGUUGAAAUGCUAACGAUGCUGCUAUUUCUUCUAGAAUGGCCAGAAGGUCACUGAAUACACAGAACACCACCAGCACCUCCCCGUAGAGGACACUACUACUUAUUCUUCUUGUUUAUCAAUCAUCACCAACAUCGUCACUGGCUGAACUUGAGGGAUAGCAUUGUUUAAACCUGUAAUUUAAAUGAUCAACCUUUAAAUUAUGUUAUUUAUGCUAAUGAAGGUAUAAUUUAACCCAUUUAAAUAUUGUGCGAAAAACGGGUGUAUUUAUUAUUUAUUUAUUGCCAGUUUAAGUAUUUAUUGGAUGUUGUAUGUGUGUGUAGAGGGCUAUGUAUGAAUUGCGGUUUGAUAUAUGCUUUUAACAUUAAAUUAAUUCCUGUGAUGUAUAUGUAUAUCAAACUGGUUUAAAAACAAAACAGCCUAUUUAAGCUCCAAUGGAGAAUUGAAGACGUAAGAAUUGAUGCCACAAAAUAUUUUGUACUACAUAAACA